AUGGACCAGUACCCCAAGGACCAUUCAAUGGGCUUCCUGUACAGAGAAACCCUGGAGCGCUUGUUGCGGCAGAACCUGGACUUGCUAAAGCGGGCGAAGAGGAGAGCUGUCAACUUACCUUCAAUGGUGGAAAGCCUUCGGGUCUGUGGCAGAGAGGUUUUGGGGAGGGCACAUACUGCUAACCAGGACCCAGCUGAUGGCUUCGGAGCCCCAGCCACCAUCUCUGAAUCUCCCUUGUCACUGUCAUUGUUGCAAGAAGGUGGAAUGGUUUAUAGUAAUUGCUAUCAGGUACCUUAUGAUGGUGAAGAUGAAGGGGUACCAUGCAGAGCUAAGACCACUAACUAUUUAGCUCCAUCAUCAGAACUUGAGGAAAUUGGUCAAAACUACAGCAUGAGCGAUAGGUUUCAUACUCCUGUACCAGAAAAGACAGAAGUGAAUCAUGUCUGCAGGUAUCACCGAAAACGCGUGGACUUUGCAUGGCCAUGGCUCUCUCACCAGGAAAAAUACCCAUCCUAUGACUCUAGAAUGAGUUACCAAGUAAGGAAGAUUGUCCCAGAAACAUCCAAGUUUGACCUAGGAACAUCCAGAAAUAAUACAGGAACGUCUAGGUUUGACCCAGGAAUGCCCAUUUUUGAUCCAGGAACAUCCAAGUUUGAUCCAGGAUCAUCCAAGUUUGACCUAGGAACAUCCAGGAAUGAAACAGGAACAUCCAGGUUUGACCCGGGAAUGCACAGAUUUGUUCCAGGAACAUCCAGGAAUGAUGUAGGAACAUCCAGGUUUGACCCGGGAAUGCACAGAUUUGAUCCGGAAACAUCUAGGUUUGACCCAGGAAUGCACAGAUUUGAUUCAGGAACAUCCAGCUUUGAAGUGGAACUGCACAGAUUUGAUACAGGAUCACCCAACUUUGAUCUAGGAACAUCCAGCUUUGACCCAGGAAUGCUCAGCUUUGAUCCAGGAUCAUCCAAGUUUGAGCCAGGAACAUCCACAUUUAACCUGGGAAUGCCCAGCUUUGAUCCAGGAUCAUCCAACUUUGAUCCAGGAAUAUCCAGAAAUGAUGCAGGAACAUCCAGGUUUGACCUGGGAAUGCCCAGCUUUGAUCCAGGAUCAUCCAAAUUUGAUCCAGGAAUAUCCAGGUUUGACCCGGGGAUGCUCAGCUUUGAUCCGGGAUCAUCCAAGUUUGAUCCAGGAACAUCCAGGAAUGAUGUAGGAACAUCCAGGUUUGACUCGGGAAUGCUCAAGUUUGAUCCAGGAACAUCCAGGAAUGAUGCAGGAACAUCCAGGUUUGACCUGGGAAUUCCCAGCUUUGAUUCAGGAACAUCCAGGUUUGACCCAGGAAUGCUCAACUUUGAUCCAGGAUUAUCCAAGUUUAAUCUAGGAACAUCCAGGAAUGAUGCAGGAACAUCCAGGUUUGACCUGGGAAUGCCCAGCUUUGAUUCAGGAACAUCCAGGUUUGACCCAGGAAUGCUCAACUUUGAUCCAGGAUUAUCCAAAUUUGAUCCAGGAAUAUCCAGGAAUGAUGCAGGAACAUCCAGGUUUGACCCAGGAAUGGUUAGCUUUGAUCCGGGAUCAUCCAGGAAUGAUGUAGGAACAUCCAGGUUUGACCCAGGAGUGCACAGAUUUGAUCUGGAAUCAUCCAAGUUUGAUCUAGGAACAUCCAGGAAUGAUGUAGGAACAUCCCGCAAUGUUCCAGGAAUGUCCAGGCUUGAUCCAAAAUCAUCCAAAUCUGUGACAAGAACAAAUCAAAAGGACAUCAUGAUAGAAGUUUAUCCAGGAAUCUACACUAUCACAGUGGGGUCACCUAACGUAGUCACAACGCAAAUGAUAAACGUUAACCCGGGACGAACCAUCGAUCUGAAUUUCAACCUUUAACCCUGGACCACUGUCCUUUAGGAGAGAAAAAAAAAAAAGAAAAAAAAAAGGCAGCAAAGAAUCAAACCACCAUGCCAUGUUGUGGUUCUCCUUGUCAGUAUUUAUACAUGAUAUAGUAUGUACAUAGAGUGCCAAUCAAACAGAUCAGAUCUCUUAGGAAUUGGAGGGCUGUCCUUCAGUGACUAUUUUAACUUGAGUGCCCUAAAAGGGGAGAGGAAAGAUGUAUCUCUUACCUUCCCCAAUCUGAAUGUGAGGAGUAAUGUGCCUUUUUGAUAUUCAUUUCUAAAGUCAUGAUUGUUUACUUCCCCUUCCCACCCCCAACACACCCAAAAAGUUAAUCAUGGAAAUAAAUUUUGGAAAUGA